AUGCAAGCUUCACCUCCUCCACCGCCGACUUCAAGUGCAGCUAAAAUGCUCUAUGAAGAGGGCGAAACCCAUGAUGGAUUAACGAUAUGGACCCCGAGCAACCCUUAUCGUGUACGAUCUUCACAUCGUCGUGCUAGAAUCUGUGUUGCCAUAACUUUUGGAAUUUUGAUGUUUGGGCUGGGUUUCUCUGCUGGAGGAUUCCUUCAUGCAAUAGUGUUCCCAGAUGGAUCCUCCUCUAUUAUCAAGAUUCCAUCGUUUCUGAAAUCCUCUGAUAGUUUUGAAAUGGAUAACUCUACGUUGAUAAGACUGAGUGAUGUUGGAAAUAGUGUUGAACUGGAAGAUACUACGAUAGUGAGUGAAGAAAGAGAGGAAGAAGAAGACGAGGAUGAUGAGAAAGGAAAGAAGGUGAAUUCGAACAGUUCUGAAGAUGAAAAAGAUUCUGAUUCUGAUUCUAAUGGAGAGAAAGAGAAUGAAGAAGAUGAAAAUGAAGAAAAUGAAGAAGAAGACGAAGAAAAGAAAAAAGUGAAAAUUGAAGAAGAAAGUAAUAAGAAAAAACGAAGAGGUAAAAAAGAGCCAAAAGUGAACUCAGACAAAUCCGAACAUGAGGAGAAUGAAGUAGAGGAAUCUGAAAAAGAAGAAGAAAAAGAAGAUGAGAAUGAAGAAGAAUCUGAGAAAAAAGAAAAAGAAGAAGAAAAAGUAGAAGAAGAGGAAGAGAGUGGAGAUAAAUUUGUGAAAGCGAACAAAGAGUGUACCAACAUCACGUGGUACUCAUCACGUCUUCCACGAACAGCUGAACCAAUUGAAUAUGAGUUGAUUCUUCAUCCAAAUCUCACGAAUGGAGAAGUUGAAGCUGAAGUCACUAUAAGAAUAUUGAUCAAAAGUGAAACCAAGCUGCUAAUAUUGAACGCUGAAAAUCUCGAGAUGGUUAGCUAUGAAAUAUCGAAAAAAGGAUCGAAAUUGAAGGCAGACUUUAUCAAGUGUGAAGUGAUGACACAAUGGGCCUGGAAGUUUGGAAAACGAUUGCAUAAAGGGGAUCACAUCAAGCUGAAAAUCAAAUAUACUUCUCAGAUGAAGUCAGAUUUGCAAGGUCUUUACUUCAGUACACAUCUCGGAACUGAUGGAAAGAAAACAAAAUCAGCUGCGACCCAAUUCGAACCAACAUUUGCCAGAAAAAUGCUUCCUUGUUUUGACGAGCCGAACUUCAAAGCAACAUUCCAAGUGUCCAUUAUCAGAAACGCUAAUCAUAUCGCAAGAAGUAACAUGAAUUUACUAAUGUCAAAAGAAUAUAAAGAUGGGCUGAUCAAAGAUGAAUUCGAGAAAUCGGUGAAGAUGUCGACCUAUUUGUUGGCUGUUGCAGUUUUAGAUGGUUAUGGAUAUAUCAGAAGACUCACUAGAAACACAACAACACCAAUCGAAGUUCGACUGUACGCUCCAGAAGAUAUGUUAGUUGGACAAGCGGAAUUCGGUCUUGAUACGACGAUUCGAGCAUUAGAGUUCUUCGAACAUUACUUUAAUAUCAGUUAUCCAUUGGAUAAGAUUGAUCUCCUUGCCCUCGACGACUUCAGUGAAGGUGCCAUGGAAAACUGGGGACUCGUCACAUUCCGUGACUCUGCUUUAUUAUUUAACGAACGAAAAGCGAGUGUUGUUGCAAAAGAACACAUUGCACUCAUCAUUUGUCACGAAAUUGCACAUCAAUGGUUCGGUAAUUUAGUGACGAUGGACUGGUGGAAUGAAGUAUUUUUGAAUGAGGGAUUCGCAAAUUAUAUGGAAUACAAAUGUGUUGAUGAGUUGUUCCCUGAUUGGAGUAUUAUGAGUAGAUUCUACGCAGAAAACCUGGCAUUCAGCCAAGAACCUGAUGGAUUCUUGAGUUCUCGAGCCAUCGAAUCAGAUGAUGAUGACAGUCUUCUCAACUUGUUUGAUGCUAUCAACUAUCAUAAAGCUGCUGCAAUAAUUCAUAUGAUUGCUGAAAUGGCUGGGCAGAAGAAUUUCCAGUCAGCAUUGAUUGAGUACUUAAACAAAUAUGCAUAUGAUAAUGCCAUCGGAGUUGAUUUAUGGAAGAUUGUGGAGAAGCACGCCAAUCUCCAAGGAACCGUUUCAAUCCCGGAUCUCGCUAAAGCUUACACAACUCAAGUCGGAUAUCCAUUGAUUACUGUAGAAAGGGUGGAAGAUGUAACAUGGGAAACGACAUCAAAUGACUGGCUCCUUCUGAAUACUGGCGGGGUUGGGUACUUCAAAGUUCUUUAUGAUUCAGAAACUUAUGGAAAACUGAUCAAGGAGCUCAAGAAUAAUCACAGUGCGAUUUCCCCCAUCGACCGAUCAAUGAUUAUUGUGGAUUCAUAUGAUCUUUCAAAAACAUCACUUCUCAAUAUUAGUGUGUACAUGGAUUUGCUAGAAUAUGUAGAAAAAGAAACCGAUAAAAUGACUUGGUCAAUUGUGAGUAAACAACUUCGAACAAUUGAAUCACUGAUCGAAGAUUCCGAUUAUUUGGAUAUAUUCCAAGACUUUCAACGAAGUAUUAUUAUGAAAUUAUAUGAAUCAUUGGAUUGGGAUGAACAAGGAGCAACUCCAAACCAGAAGAGAUUGCAGGUUGACAUCUUCGCUGUCGCAUGUCGUUUGAGAAUCAAAGACUGCACGAAACAAGCCUAUCAACGAUAUCUUAAAUGGGUCAGCAGUGGUGUCAGAAACCCUGAACAUCAUAUGAUUGCAUUAAUGGAAGGAGUGAAACAAGGAGGAACAACAGCAUGGGAGAGAAUUUGGAAGGCUUACAAGACUGCAGUCAGUCCAUCGGAAAAGAAUAAUAUUAUUGGAGCAUUGACAAGUACGAAGGAUGUUACUCUCAUCAAUCGAAUUCUCAAAUAUUGUUUGGAUGGAAAAAUCAAAGCGAAUCUGAUUCCACGCGUCUUCUCGUAUUUUGCAUUGAAUCAACACACACGGAACACUGUCUGGAAGUACUUCAAGAGCCAUUUCAACGAAUUUCAUGUUAUAUUGGGCAAAGGAUCUCUGAUGGCUAGUUGUGUGAAAUGUCUUGCUGAACCGUUGAGUACUGAAAACGAAUUAGAAGAGUUGCAGGAGUUCUUGAAGAGUCAAAAGUUCGAAGAGGAUGGUCAAAUUAAAAUGGAAAUGACCUACGAGCAGAUUGAACUGAAUAUCCAAUGGAGAAAGUUGAAUGAAGCACAAUUAGGAAAGUGGAUAAGUAAAUGGGAUGAGCGUAGAAGAACAUUAUAUAGAAGAAAGCGGCAUCGUCAUAACUCUAGGCAUCUUGUUUCAGCGUUUUAA